GAGUUGGUUUAUAAAGGAAGCUCGACGUUUCCCAUUUCCUGCGUAUAAGUUUAUUAAGGGGAUCUAGUUAGCAUAAUAAAAAGGACAUCACUUCCAGCGCCGCAUAGAUGACUAAAGGGAAAGGACGGAAUCCUGGUGUUUCUGGCUUGAAUAAGCACAUUAGGCGGAAGGUGCAUCAAGAGCGUUCUCAGCUAGCGGCUCGACGGCAUCUAGGCGAACUUGAGAAGCACAAGGAUCAUGUACUACGAGGCAAGAAGCGUAAGGCUAGAGUAAAGCGUCUUCUGGAACUGAAACGUGCCGCUGCCCAACGUAAUCCAGAUGAAUUUCAAAUAGGCAUGACCAAGGCUAUUAUGGAUGUCGCCACCGGACGCAUGAAGAAAAGGAAGCAACGCAUGCAGCCGGAGGGGCGUAUUUCGGAGCUAAAGCAAACAAUAGGUCACAACACACGCAACGUGCAGUACCUGGAAUUCAAGGCGAAAGCUGAUGAGAAUCGAUUGAGGGAUCUUCUUGAGGAGGACGCUGCUACUUCUAUCAUCAGCACCGCACCGAAAAAUAAGCAUGUCGUGUUCGUGGAAGAUGACGACGAGUUCAAGCACUUCGAUCCACUUGAUUAUUUUGACACAACAAAGGAGAUGCUACAACGGCACCCAGCGAUCCGAGGACGUUUGUCUGUAUUGCAAAACAUCGUCUUGCCUGAGGCUAUCCUGCUGAGUAGCGGCGGCACACAGACUAUGAAAUCAGUCAACCAGCGUCGUAAAGAGCGCCGGGAAAUUCAGCAAAAACUGAGCACCGUCGGUAACGAUGAAAAGGCACGGAUUGCCUUGCUGGAGAGGAUCAAAGCGAAGCAGGACGUGAAGCGGUACUACCGCUUCGACGACCUUCUUGCGGAGGACCUUGCCCGUCGUAGCGAUGACAGGAACGGUCAUAUGGGGUUGAGCGGUGAGGAUGAGGUGGUAGAAGAUGACGCCAUGAAGCUGUUGAAGUGGCGACGGCAACAGGAAAAAAAUGAGGCGAUCGAUGCCGCCCGCCGUGCUAAAGAAGUUGAGCAACGUUUGGAGCGUAGCAAAAGUCUUACUGCGCUGGCGAAGGUAAUUCGUCGGCAGAAUGAUGGAAUUCAAAAGCAAUUAACCCAAAAGAGGGAUAGUCGGUUUAAACCCACCGUACCACGCCGCAUGCGCUAGACGUGGGGUCAAAAGCCAAAUGAACUUUGCCGAGGAAUUGCUUGGGUAUUUCGUGUGUAGCUAUUUUUGGUGUUUAUACACUAUUCCAUCUUCAAAUUUAAUGGCUUACAACAUAAACGAUUCAAUAUCCCAAUUAAGAUUCACAUAUAAAAGUAUAUAUAUAUAUAAAUAUAUAUAUUUGUAUGCAUAACACUUUAUGACACAA